AUGGGUACCGUAAAUAUUGAACUAAUACAUUUUGAAAAGAGUGUUUCUCUCAAUUAAAGUACUUUUUUCAAGACUUUCUCAGAAAUGUAAUAGAAAGCAGCAAUUACUCAUUAAGUGGCAAGGAUUCCUUCCCCCAAGGAACGGUUAUAGGCUUCACUUUCUCAUAACAAAAAACAAAGAGAAACCAUCAUAAACCAAAGUCGGGAAAGACUUGAAAUAGCCAUGUCUGAAGCCCUUACUUUGACUCAAAAAAGUCGAAACAGGAAUUAUUAGAAGUUAAAAAGAAGAGAUCAAAAUAAUAAGAAAGCAGUGGAAUUAAAACCAUAAUAGAAAGUUUUCCAGUUGCCUUAAUUAGACACACCAUUGGAGAAUAGUGUUGACGGUCCUGCACAAUUGAGCUUCUAUUUCGAAUCUCAACGUCUCAUACGUGACAUCAAGACUUUUAAGCCCUCGUUUACAGAAUAGGCUGCAUUUACAUUGUUCAAUGAUUAACUAUAUUUGUACGGAGGGAUAGGAGGAGAUGGGGUCAGAAACCAAAUGCUCAAAUAUGACAUAAAAUUCCAAAUUUGGUAAGUUGUACAUGGAAAUGGAGAAAAUUUGAAAUAAGGAAGAGCAGGUUUAUCUGUUGUGUAAUACAAGAAUAAAUUUAUAUAUUUUGGAGGCUGUGGAUAAUUCAAUCCCAAAUUGAAGAUCAGAGAAUGCUCAAAUUAGGUUUUUGAGUUUACAGUAAGUAAUUAAUCUUGGGAGAAAUUACAUCCUCAAGGGGAUUAUGUGGAACCAAGAAGAUAACACAGAGCCUGUUUGAUAGGAUCCAAAUGGAUGUUGAUCCAUGGUGGCAUUAAUUCAAAUGAGGAAGUAUUAUCUGACACUAGUAUAUUCAAUAUCGAAAAACAAUAUUGGAAGAACUACAAAGCCAAAUCACCUCCAAUAUGUUGUCAUGGCAUAGUUAACAUAUCGUCUUAAGGAAAAUUUUAGGAGAUGAUUCCAAAUGAUUUAAUGCCUUAAGAACUAAUAUUCUCUUUUGGAGGUAAGGAUGCCGAAGGUAAUUCUGUCAACGCAAUAAGAAAGUUGACUUACUGCUCAUUCACCAACAUUCCACUUUCUUGGGAUUUGGUCGAAUGCACAGGAAAAGCUCCUCCUCCCAUGCACAAUCAUACUGUAGAGUACCUAAGGAAGGUCUAGGGUAUAGCAGUCAUUGGAGGGCUUAGAGAUUUUAUUUAAAAUGGAACCUUGGAAUCUGAUCAAUAUUAUAUCUUCUACCCUCAUCUAAGUCUUUGGCAAGAAGUAAUUGCAGAGGGGUAAAGGAUUCCCCGAUGUGCACAUUCCUCUGUGAUGCUUAGUUCCAAGAUUGCAGUAUUUGGGGGAAUUGGCAAUGAACGUUACUUGGAACCAGAUGUGGGGUUCAUUGAAACUGAUUAAAUUCAAGUAUUUACUCGAGUUGCUAAAGAGAAAGUGCUUAACAAUACUAAUUAGAAUUUUGAAGAGCCUUCUAGACAGGAGAAUUCAUUUAGAAAGAAAAAGUCUCUUUUUUAAGAUGAAUCAGAAAUCUCUGAUGGGUAUAAACCGUUUAGGAUUACACUUCGAAAAACAACUCAAGCUAGGAGAUCUUACUUGCCCAAUCCACAUCGUAAACAAGUAUUUAUUAGAUAUGACAUCUUGAUGGGAUUCGUUAAGCAGAUCAUAAAUGAAAAUCUCCAUAUACUCUAGAAUUUUGAUAAAUAUUUAGAAAGAAAAAUUUUAUGA